UUGUACUCUGAUAAAACCAUCAACAACCUUCUCUGUUGACCGUCAGAGAUCACGUGAUAGACACAAAAGCGUCACAUACAUUAGCCAAAUUAAUCGAAGGCCAAUAGCACCUAGCUAACUGUCCCAUCCGAAAUCGUGGGGGUAAGUGUGGACUGUUUAAUCACCAACUCAUAGAACAGACCGCUAUGGCAGAACCAGAUGUACAAUUUAAGCUAGUGUUGUGUGGAGAUGGAGGCACAGGAAAAACCACCUUUGUGAAGAGGCAUUUAACGGGAGAGUUUGAGAAGAAAUACGUUGCGACUCUGGGAGUAGAGGUGCACCCCUUGGUCUUCCACACCACUCGAGGGACUAUCAAGUACAACGUUUGGGACACAGCCGGCCAGGAGAAGUUUGGGGGGCUCAGAGAUGGCUACUACAUACAGGCCCAGUGUGCGAUCAUCAUGUUCGACGUGACAUCUCGCGUCACCUACAAGAACGUGCCCAACUGGCACCGUGACCUUGUGCGUGUCUGCGAGAACAUACCCAUAGUCCUGUGCGGUAACAAGGUGGACAUCAAGGACAGGAAGGUCAAAGCCAAGAGCAUCGUGUUCCACCGCAAGAAGAACCUUCAGUACUACGACAUUUCAGCCAAGAGUAACUACAACUUUGAGAAGCCCUUCCUGUGGCUGGCCAGGAAGCUGGUAGGAGACCCCAACUUGGAGUUUGUGGAGAUGCCUGCCCUCGCCCCCCCGGAGGUUGUCAUGGACGCCUCCCUGGCCGCGCAGUACGAGAACGACCUUAAAGUGGCCGCAGAAACAGCGCUCCCAGAUGAAGACGAUGACCUUUAACCUGUGACCUCUCUCUGGCCUUUUCAGUGUUCUGGGGGUGUGGCCUAUUGCUGACCUUGACCUUUAAUUGUACAAGCCCCCCCAAUGUUUUUUUUUUUUUGUGUUUCAAACUGAAAAUGUGUCUCUGGUAGCGUGAAGAUUUUAGUAGAGACAAACAGGAGUAGAAUUUCACACUGGUCACAGUAGGCGUUACACACACACAUACAAAUGAAAGACUUUGUUCACUCGCUGUACGAUACUGACUAAGGGUGAUAUGAAAUCACACUAAAUAAAAAGUAUUUGACUAUAAA